AUGCCACGUAAGCUACGUAAGAAUAUACGUAAGAGGAAGGGAGCAUUGAAACAUCCAAUAGUAAAACUGACACCACAACAACAGUUGCAACAACAAAUUAUGAAUGACCCCACUAUGUUGCAACAAAUGUCAAGCAACCCUAUGCUUUUAAACCGAGUUAUUGGUGCACAGAGUGGAGGUUUAAGAGCGGCACUUUUAGCGAAAAUGGCAGGCUAUGGUGGAGCUGCAGACGGAACAGCUUAUAACCCUCAAAGUCAAAUGAAUUUGAGUUCACUCAAAAAUCAAAUAACAGAUGUCAAAAAGUCAAACAUAGACAUACAGAAACAAAUAAGUGAAAACGAAAAGAAACUAGAAUAUGACAGACACACAAAGAAACUCAAUGAGUUAAACGUAGAGAAAAAGAAGAAAGAAGAACAACUGAAAGAACUAAGUACAGAGGAAUAUGCGAAAAAAGUGUCAGAAAAAGCAGCAGAAGUAGCAAAAAUGGAACAAGAUGUUAUAAAUUUGAAAAACCAUACUACUCAAUAUAAAGUACUGAAAGAUGAAGAAAUAAAACAAAAAGCCCUGAAGACAUAUAUGGAUAGCGAUGA